AUGUGGCAUUGCAUACUCGUGCUCCUCCUUGUCCCCCUCUGGCCUUUGGCCUCAGCUUUUCCCUCUCCAAACGCUGCAAGAUCUCCCGCUGGAUUUGCACUCGCCGUGAACCCCAAAAAAGAUGCCUCUCGAAACUUUGUGCGCGAUUGGGCUGCUGCGCGCCACAAAUGGGGCAAGGGAGUGCCUAGAGAGAUUGCGUCUUCGUUUGCCUUGAUUGACGGCGUUGGUCAGGUCGAUGUUGAACCUAUAGGAAGCGACGACAUCUAUGUGGCUGAUGUUCAAGUUGGAAGUCCGCCUCAAACGUUGAAGCUGGCCCUGGACACUGGAUCUUCCGAUCUAUAUCGCGUCAACCAAAAGGGUCCAUGGGCUCCACGAUAUCAUCCCAACGACUCUACGACUGCUCAUCUCAUUCAAGAUGCCAGAUGGUCUGUCGAAUACUUGGAUGGUACCUCGGCUGAUGGUAUCGUCUACCACGACACGGUCCAUUUAGGAAAUUUCAAAGUUGAAAACGCAGCUGUACAAUCGGCAGAAAUGGUCACCAGCCGCUUCGAAGAAGAAAUCGAACUAAGUGGUAUCCUAGGCUUAGCCAAGAGGUUACCGAACAAUGUUAGCCCUCCGGUACCGUCUUUCCUCAGUUUACUGCGCCAGCAGCUGGAGCAUCAGAUGAUUGGCGUUGACCUGAAUCGGAAUGCCUCAGGUCUCUUCACUUUUGGCUACCUCAAUGAAAGUCGGACCUCGGAAGCAAUAACAUGGGUCGAUACGGAUCCUGAUAGUCCUCACUGGGAUAUCGAGUUCAAUCUCACAACUUGGGGAGAGCAGACGACGCCAUGGUACUCGCAGAAGUUCAAGGCAACAAUUGAUACGGGCACUACGCUGAUGUUCUUGCCUGAUAAUCUAGCGAGUGGCUACUGGUUCACAGUCCCAGGGAUGAAAAUGGACCAAAGGCUGGCCAACGCAUUUACGUUCCCCUGCGAGGUUGCCAAAGACUUGCCCAAUCUCAUGCUCAAAAUUCCUGGGAGUGACCGUACUUUGACCAUUCCUGGAUCGUAUCUCAACUACGGCCCUGUUGAAAUCGACCCAUCUUAUUGUUGGGGAGGCAUGCAGAGCGCUGAGGAUUUAUCCGUUACAGUGAUAGGGGAUAUUAUGCUCAAGGCGCUGUAUUUGGCCUUUGAUCUCGAGAGAGGGCGAGUUGGAUUUGCUCACAAGGAUCUUUAUGACGUCGACUGA